CAGGGAACUGGCCGGCUGCCGGCUCCCGGCUGCACAGACACGGCCCUUCCUGUUCCCGCCCCUCCGGGGACAGCGCUGAGAGGCCCCUGGCAGUCCUUCCGCUGGCUCGGGUUCUGGGCAGGAAGGCUAGACCCCGAAAGACAUUGGGUGGCCAAGAAGGAACCCCUGGAGUCUUGGAGGCAUCUGCUCAGUGAACAGCACUAGGCCCUGAGAGAGGGGAGGACCUGAGGCCCAGGCUCUGCAGCCCUCCACCCCUGAAGACACUGUGAGCCCGUCUGCUCGGGCUCCACCCUUACCAAGCAGGCAGCCCAACCCGUGGAACCUGCUGGUUCUCCUCCCGCACUGGCUCACAGGAGGCUGGGGCAGCCUGGGCCUGGGAAGGGCAGAGAGUGCAGAGUGUUUUCCUGAGAGCUCAAGGACUUUGUGAGUGAAGACAGAACCUGUGUGGAGAUCCAGCUGUCCAGUCCUGUCGGGCUCUCAGGUCCAACGGCAGGAGGAAAGAUGGGUGUCCACCUGUGCAGCAGAUGCUGGCCCCACAGCCUGUACCCUGGCCUUAGAGUACAGCCACAAGCAAGGAAGAGAAGUCUGCCCAGCCACCCUCCCACCUGCUCUGGCGCUCCUAUCUCUGUCUUCCACAGUGUCUGUCUCCUCGUCUACUGUGUCAGAAGUGCCUACUGUCUCAGAGUCCGUGUUUCUAUUAGGAUCUAAACCCCUCAUCAGAAUGUUGCCUUCACAGGGGGCUUCAGGUGCAACCAUGCUGAGGUAGCGCCUGUCUCUCAGAAGGAUUUCCCCACUGUGAAACAGGGAUUUUAGGGAAAGAAAUCAAAACAAAUAAGCAGGAAGCCUUGACAGAGGGGCCUGCUGCAAACACGAGGCAGCUGGGGGUCCUCAGGUCAGGGGCUGACCUGAGUCAGUGGCAUGAAUGACAAGGAGGAGCCAGGCCCAAGUCUGUGGGUAUGAGGUCUGUGAGAGAGCCUGUGGCUCCGGGAGGGGGGCACUCAGCGUAAGAGAAUGGGGCUUCGUCAGGGGCAGACAGUGGCAGGACCCCAGCUAUUUCAACUGUUCCUCCAUCUUCCCACCUCCCUGAAAUAAAUGAGCUACAGAGAGAGCUGACCCAGCAGAGGACCCACAAGCUCUGUGUGGAACUGUUUUAGUUUGUGUUAGAAAAUGGAUGGCUUGGAGGCGGAGUUCAACCUGAAGCUUGUGCUGGUCAGCUUCCAGCAAUGUCUCAGCGAGGAGGAAGAAGUACUGCUGGACCACUACAUCGCCGGCUGGAAGGGGCUGGUCAGGUUUCUGAAUAGCCUAGGCACCAUCUUCUCCUUCAUCUCAAAGGAUGUGGUCUCCAAGCUGCAGAUUAUGGAGCGUCUACGCAGCAGCCCCCAACAUGAGCACUACAUGAGCCUGCAGUCCAUGGUGGCCUACGAGGUGGGCAAUAAGCUGGUGGACCUCGAUCGCCGCUCCCGCCACCCAACCUCAGGCUGCCGGACCUUGCUGCGCCUGCACCGCGCUCUGCGCUGGCUACAACUGUUCCUGGAGAGCCUGCGCACCAGCCCCGAGGACGCGCGCACCUCCGCACUCUGUACCGACUCCUACAAUGCCUCUCUGGCCGCCUACCACCCCUGGAUUGUGCGCCAGGCAGUCACCRUGGCCUUCUGCACCCUGCCCACACGCAAGAUCUUCCUUGAGGCCAUGAACGUGGGGUCCCCGGAGCAGGCUGUGGAGAUGCUGGGCGAAGCCCUGCCCUUCAUCGAGCGUGUGUACGAAGUCUCCCAGAAAGUCUAUGCAGAACACUCCCUGUUGGACUUGCCAUAGUGGCCACUCCCAGGCUGGGUGGGCUUCCCCUGCUGGAGAGCUGGACUUGGGCAGCCAGGGCCCAUGCACUCCACAACAAAGCUUUCUGGGUGCCACCCUUACCCCUGCAGGCUGAGCUUAUUGAGAGCCAUCAGCUGACAGGAAGGCAGGCAGCUGGCCUAGGAGAGGUGGCACAAGCCCUCCUCUUGGCCCAGAAUGAGACCCUCCUCAGUUACAAGAAUGCUCAGUCGAGCCUCACUGAGGCGUGGAGACUGGAGGUGGUGGGGGCRCAUAAUCCUGCAUGAGCAACAGCCUGGUGACUGCCCUACUGCUAUGUGUGGAUUCUGUGAAAUGGUGUGAGGACACAGGUCCCUGGGCACCAAGGCUCUGUGCUGCUCCGGCCAGUAUGCCCAGCCCACACGUAUACUUCCCAUGCUUGUCCUAGGCCAGGCCUCGGACACAGCAGGCCAAGCUGCCCGAGUCCUCUCCAUACCCUGGCUGGCUAUCCCGAGGCAGAAUGAGAACCUUGGGCAGGGUCUGGGUACUGAGGACUCUCCCAGGCCUUUACCUGCCUCCUGUUAGCCUGUCUGCCUGCUGAGCAAACCAGAGCCUUCAUGUCCUUGGCACUGGCACCUGGAAACUAAAGUCUUGAGCAGAAAGACCUUCCCAGCUAUCUAAAUAGCUCCUGCAAGGAGGGCUUGAGCUCCCCCSAGGGACCCAGCAGGCUGUCUCCUGCAGAGAUACCAUUGCAGGCCACCCCUGCAUGGCCCAACACCACUGGGUGGAGCCAGGCAUWCCCUCUGCCCCUGCUCUGCUGCCUUUCCCCACAGUGCUCAGGAGAUGGGGGGUGCCCAGACUAGGAGGGGGCUGGACCCCCUUAACUAGCUGACAGUUAUCAGAUGGCCACACCAUCCAGCCAUCAUGCAAUGCUUAGGGGCCUAGUCACUCCCACUGCUCUUCACCAACCCACAGGGACAGUGUUCUCAGGGCAGCAGAUGUGCCUUAAUGCAGCUUCCAGGGUGUGCUUGGCCCUUUGGAAAGUGAUAUGUGUGAUACCGUCCAACAUAAUAAACAAUGCUCAUGGGAC